AUGACUGAUGAGAUACCGACGAGGAAGCAAAGUUUUGUGACACGGAUUACUGGACAAAAAUGGACGAGAUACCAUGUUCGGGUGUUCAUUCACACUUUCAUCAUCUACGUCCUAUUCCACGCCGCUCGUAAAACUCUUUCCACAGUCAAACCUUCUCUGAUUAAUGUCUGGACUUCCAACGCCUCCAAUCCAAAUGGAGCACCUCUUUUUGAAUCCAAACAGUCAGCUGCUGAAUUCCUCGGGGCUCUGGAUACUGGCUUCAUGAUCACUUAUGCUAUUGGCCUCUAUAUUUGUGGUUACCUUGGAGACCAUUAUAAUCCACGACGAAUUUUGGCUCUGGGAAUGGCCCUAUCAGCAAUUUCCGUAUUCACAUUUGGUUUUGUAACCGAGACAUUCCAUAUCUAUUCUGCUCCUCUUUAUGCGAUUCUUUGGAUUUCCAAUGGAUUUUUUCAAUCUGUUGGAUGGCCUUUGGUAGUGUGUAUUAUGGGAAGUUGGUUUGGUAAAACAGCACGAGGUACAGUAAUUGGAACAUGGUCUACAAAUGCAAGUGUUGGAAACAUUCUGGCAACUUUAAUAGCCAGCUGGACUGUAAAUAUCGGAUACCAAUGGCCGUUCCUUAUCAUUUGUUCUGGAUUAUUCUUCUACAGUAUUCUCAUUUUCUUUCAUUUACCAUCAGCUCCUUGGGAAGUUGAAAAGGAAGUUAGGGAAGAGGGAAAAGAACAAAUGAAACGAAAUGAUAGUGAGAGACCACCCCCAUUAGGAUUCUUCAGAGCUUGGUUGCUUCCUGGAGUUAUUGCUUUUGCCAUAUCCUACCUUUGCCUGAAACUGGUGAAUGACGGAUUCUUCUUCUGGCUCCCAUUCUAUCUUCACAAUGGUCUUCACUGGCCAGAAUCCACAGCCGAUGGACUUGCAGCGUGGUACGAUGUUGGAGGAAUAUUAUCUUCUAUAAUUGCAGGAGCACUUUCUGAUCGGAUGAAGUCUAGAACAGCUAUUGUCUUCACAAUGCUUCUCUUGUCUACAGGAACACUUUUGGCGUAUGCUCACUCCCCAGAGUCCUACUACUGGAACGCCUUCCUUCUUCUCGUCGUCGGAUUUUUUAUUGGUGGUCCAUUGAACAUGAUUGCUGGAUGCAUCACAUCAGACCUCGGGAAAUCUGAAGUACUACGUGGAAACGCUGAGGCAUUGGCUACAGUAACCGGUAUCAUUGAUGGUACCGGAAGUGUGGGAUCUGCAAUUGGGCAGUGGUUGAUUCCACUUGUCAGAAAUUGGUUUGGAUGGGAUGCCAUUUUUUACGGGUUCAUGAUUAUGGUCGUAUUGUCUGCUUUAUGUAUUUCCCCGGUUCUAUGGAGAGAGCGGAAAGAAAACAAACAUCAAAAGGUCUCUCAAAAAACCGAUGAUCCAGUGAACAGAAUGGAAAUGAGUUAA